AUGCCAGACGACUAUCCCAAGAGCCCACCGAAAGCCACAUUCAAAACGCGCAUCUGGCAUCCCAAUGUGGAGGAGUCGACGGGAGCGGUGUGCGUUGACACGUUGAAGCGGGACUGGAAGGCCACCCUGACAUUAAAAGACGUCUUGAUUACCAUCUCUUGUCUCCUCAUCUAUCCCAACCCCGACUCAGCGCUCAACUCCACGGCCGGCGCGUUGCUGCAAGAGAACUACGAGGCGUUCGCCCGUCAGGCAAAGCUGAUGACCUCUAUCCACGCCCCGGUCCCUACCGAAUUGAAAGAUACUGUCGUGGAGGCGAAAUCGCGCGGCGAGGAUGCGGGAGCCAUGCCCAUCCCGGAGGAGACAUCAACAACAACAACAACAACAACAACGCGAUCUCUACGGUCCCGAAAGGGAGCCCCUGUUCAAUCUGUCACGAUGAAGAAGAACACGCGACGAACACGCGCACCGUCGCCACCUCCACAAGCGCCCGCAGCAGACCAUGCCGACCUAGCCGAGGCAGAGCCCAGCGACACAGACUCGGACGCGGAGACCGUCUCCAACGCAAGCAAAGAAAACGACCCGUCCCUAUCGCCGUCGCCGGUCAAAUUUGCCCCGCCCAGUCCGCGCAAGAACGCCCUCGGUAAACGCCCACUCUCGGUCCUCACAAUGCCGCUGGAGUGCGACCCGGAUGACGACCUCGACGAGGACUCCGACGCGGACGGUCCCCCGAUGACGGCCUCGGAGAAGAAUAUCGCGGCCAACGCCCGGCACGCGGAGUCGGACCGCUCGCCGCAGCGCAAGUCGCCCAAGCUGUCGGUGCUGCACCAGGGCGUCAACGCGUCCGGACGCAUCCGCGACGACAUGAAGAUCUUCGAAGACGCCGUGGACAUGGUUCCGGCGGACGAGUUUGACCGUCGUCGCAGCGGAGACGGCAAGGAGAACCAUGCGUCGUCUUUUGGCGGGGCCAAGACGGGGUCGGCGGCUCGUCGACCCGGUCAUGGCCAGGGUGCGGCUGCUCUUGUGCCGUCGGCGGGAACCGUUGGGUCGGGCUCCAAGACGGCGCGGCCGAUGCCUGGGACGCGCAAGGUAUCGGGAUCUCAGGGGAAGAAGCCGAAGCCGCGGAUUGGAAUCCGGAGGUUGUAG